AUGUCAUCUCAUUCUGUAUUUCCUGCAACAUUAUAUCGAUUCCAAGUACACCGUGAGUCGCAGUUGUUCGACAAGAAGCUGGGACAAGAAGACUGGGAAUGGGAGGACGGUAUAGAAGUUGCGGGGGACGGGCUGGUUUAUCCCAAAGUAACGAUGGAUGUUUCAAAUGGAGCACUCUUUAUGCCAAAUACCCAUUACAUGCAAGAAGUAACACGAAGGUCUUACGACAAUUACCUGGAUGCUGUGGAUAAUGGUCAGCCUGAAGCCAACCCCCAUUACCUGUGUAUCACAAAAGGCAAGUGA